CGGGCCGGCGCCCAUGCGCGCGGCCCCGCGGCGCGCCCACCCAUGCUGCUGCAGCCCGCGCCCUGCGCCCCCGGCGCGCCCCGGGACACCACGUUCACCAAGAUCUUCGUGGGCGGCCUGCCCUACCACACCACGGACGCGUCGCUCCGGAAGCACUUCGAGGGCUUCGGGGACAUCGACGAGGCCGUGGUCAUCACCGACCGCCAGACGGGCAAGUCCCGCGGCUACGGCUUCGUGACCAUGUCCGACCGCGCGGCCGCCGAGAGGGCCUGCAAGGACCCGAACCCCAACAUCGACGGCCGCAAGGCCAACGUCAACCUGGCCUACCUGGGCGCCAAGCCGCGCAGCCUGCACCCCGGGUUUGCCUUCGGCCUGCAGCAGCUGCCCCCCGCGCUCAUCCAGAGGACCUACGGGCUGGCACCGAGCUACGUGUACCCGCCGGCCAUCCUGCAGCCCGGCGUGGUGAUCCCGGCCGCGCCCGUGCCCUCGCUGACCUCGCCCUACGUCGAGUUCCCGCCGGCCAGCCCGGCCUUCGCACAGUACCCGGCCUACGAGCAGGGCCCCUACGGCUUCGUGGGCUACAGCUACGCGGCCGCCCUGCCCCCCGCCGUGUCCGCGGCGCCCCCCGGCCCGGCCUUCCUGCAGUACCAGCCGCCGCCGCCUCUGCCCGACAGGAUGCAGUGACGCCCGCGGGUGGCCAGG